UCCGGACUUCCCUAUGGCUUCGCUGUACGUGGGCGACCUGCACCCUGAGGUGACGGAGGCAAUGCUGUACGAGAAGUUCAGCCCUGCCGGACCCAUCCUCUCCAUCCGCAUUUGCAGGGACAAGAUCACCCGCCGCUCGUUGGGCUACGCGUAUGUCAACUACCAGCAACCGGUGGACGCCAAGAGGGCCCUGGAGACCCUUAACUUUGAUGUCAUCAAGGGCAGGCCAGUGCGCAUCAUGUGGUCCCAGCGGGACCCCUCGCUCCGCAAGAGCGGGGUGGGCAACGUCUUCAUCAAGAACCUGGGCAAGACCAUCGACAACAAGGCGCUGUACAACAUUUUCUCGGCGUUCGGCAACAUCCUCUCCUGCAAAGUGGCCUGCGACGAAAAGGGGCCCAAGGGCUACGGGUUCGUGCACUUCCAGAAGCAGGAGUCCGCCGAGCGGGCCAUCGAUGUGAUGAAUGGCAUGUUCCUGAACUACCGCAAAAUUUUCGUUGGGAGAUUCAAGUCGCAUAAAGAACGCGAGGCCGAAAGGGGAGCCUGGGCCAGGCAGUCCACCAGUGCUGACGUCAAGGAUUUCGAGGAAGACACCGACGAGGAGGCCACCUUGCGAUGAAGACAUCCCAGGAGCGAGCCUGCCAGCAGAGCCAAACCUUGGCUCCCACCCGGUUUACAACCCCCCCCCCCCCGUUUGCCCCCCUAACCCACCAGCAGUGUAUUGUAUUGGGAGUGCAGGUCUCUCUCUCUCACAACACCCCCCCUUCCUUCCCACCAUCUCUCCCUCCCUCCGUCUGUCUCUGUCCCUUUCACUCUGUGUCUCUGACUUUCUCUCCCCUCCCUUCCCCUCCCUUCCCCCCACACCCACCUUGGGUGUUGUGAAUAAUUUUGCUAAACUGUGCCACUUGAUAGGUUAAAGGCUGCCUCUUCUCCUUGUGGUUUGGUUUAAAAAGCACUUUCUCUCUUUGUUUGCACAGGUGAUACAAUUUCAUGGUAGAAACAUCAGGAAGGAGAAGGAAAUCAGAUGAGGGAAACCCAAGAGAGUAAUUGCUCCCCAUGACCCUACUACCCGGAGACAACCACUUUUACCGUUUUGGCUUCAGAAACGUCAUCUUCAGUGCCUGCAGAGUGUAUCGAUGGACCCUAACAUUUCUGUAAUCAUUCCCGCGUUGUUGGACAUUCAGGUGGUGCCUAGUUCUUUCCCUGCGUUUAAACCCAGCACUGUGUACACUCUGAUGAGUGAAUUCUCCCUUGUCAAGCCAAAUCUUCGCUAGCAUACCAGAUGAUCUUAACUGUGGACUUGCAGGAUCCACAUAUGGACAUUUUAAAGACUUUUCCUGUGUGUUGCCAAAUGGCCCCUUCAUAAGCAUUGUACCGAUUUGCAUUCAUGCCAGCCAGCUCAGCUAGUAAAGAGUAUGCCCAUUUCCCCUACAUAGUCUCCUGGUCACUGUAAUUGAUGUGUGUGUGUGUGUGUGUGUGCGCGCGCGUGUGUGUCUUGGCCAGCUUGAUGGGCUGCAAAUGGUAUUUCACUGUCCUUGGUUGUUUUGCUGAAUUUAAAUACUGUUUGUCACCUUCUUCCCUUGUGCCCACUUCCUGCCUUUUUCCCCGUUCUCAGAAAAAUAAUUCAGUUUCGUUGCAGGAAAAAAUAUAUCACAAAGCGGACAAGUUAACAGAAGAAAACUAAUGUCACCAGUAAUCAAUCCUGAUGACCACCCAUACCUCCCUGAAUCAUUUUCAUCCGCACCUGCC